UUUGGUGCGCAUGACGUCACAGCAGCCAGUAUUCCUGGUGCUACGGGUAGUAAAUUGUCUGUCGUAUUCGAUUCACCGCGCGGGCCUGGCCGGAGGCGCUUGAUGAAGUUUCACCUUGCUCCAUCUCUUUCGCCUCGACACUGGAUCAUUUUUUGAAUAUUUCACAUUGCACACAGUAAUUUUGAUUUCUGUGAUCGUGCAGGAUUGCGUCUGUCUUUCAGACUUUUUUGUCAUGCUUUAUGCCCGACAGUAAGGCGAGCAUUCAAAGAGAGCAUGAUAUUUUGGCUUCAGAUCAUUCGCUGCAAUUCAGCUUAAGAUUCACCUGAGACCAACAUAUCGUCAGAUCGUAAACAUGUCUGUUCUGGGUCGGCAGUGAGUGAACAGAGAGACCGUGCCCGCAUCGUCGAGAUGGAUUUGAAAGGCAGUUGUGACCGGUGGCUCUUGGUAAUGUUCAGCAACGCAAGCAAUCGACGACAGGGUACUUGGCGCAUUAUUUGAAAAGAGCCAGUUUAAGGUUCUUUUUAUGUGAUGUGCUGCUUUCAGAAGAAUUUUGGUUGCAGUGUACUAGAGAGUAAAGAUAUUAUUUUGUGAGUUUGAUGUCGAUUCGUCACUUUGGAUUUUUGAAAACUGUACUGAAUAGUGGAUGCAUGGUUUUGUCAGGCCUACAAUGGCGACCACGGGAGUAAAUCCAACCUUAGUGACCUACAUUUAUGACUUCAUCAAUGAAACAGUUGAUUUCUACAAUGAUACCACCAACGCGACCUCAGCCUCAGGCGAAGGUGGGACUGCUGUUAUAUAUCCUCAAAGGAGCGACUACUAUGUCCGUCUCGUUCUCUACGUCAUAAUAUUCGUAGUCUCCACCAUUGGCAACAUAGCGGUCUUGUGUAGUCUCCUCCGCGGCCGGCGCAGAAAGUCUCGCGUCAAUCUGCUGAUCCUGCAUCUGACGGUGGCCGAUCUCAUGAUAACACUCUUCAACAUCCCCAUGGACUUCUUCUGGAUUUUGACCAUCCAAUGGUACGGAGGGGAUGUGAUGUGCCGCCUGUGCAUGUACGUGGCCAUGGUGGCCAUGUACGCCUCGCCGUUCGUCUUGAUCGUCAUCAGUUUGGACCGGUUUGCCUCAAUUGUUUUCCCGCUGAGCGUCCGGCAGGCGGACAUACGCUGUAAGGUCAUGCUCCAGGUGUCGUGGGUUGCGUGUUUCGUCAUUAGCAUUCCUCAGCUUCUCGUUCAUGAGGUGAUGGCCCAUUAUGACGAUCCAACCUUCCUACAGUGUGUUGACUACAACUUCAUGACUAAAUACCGAAUAUUGUGGCACAUGUACCACUGGUUCGUCGUCUGUGCAACCUACGUCAUUCCACUGGCCAUAAUCGUCGGUUGCUACACAGCUAUUGUCAUCAAGAUCUUCGGCAGCAGUACCAUCCGGAGCUAUUCGGGUAACAACGGUGAUCGAAUGACACUGCGGCGCUCAGGGGCCGACACUCUUCCCAAGGCUCGCACGAGGGCGCUCGUGAUGACCGGCGCCAUAGUAACGGCCUUCAUCGUCUGCUGGACCCCGUCCAAUAUACAGGGCGCCAUCAUCCACAUCAAGGAGAAAGAAGAUAAAACCACACCUAUAUGGCUGCAGCAAGUCUUGUUGGCAUUGCUUUUCUCCAAUGCCGCCAUCGACCCCAUCGUUUAUGGCAUGUUCACUGUGGAUUUCAGGCGGUACUUCCCCGGAUGUUUUGAGUGGCGGGGUCGACGAAUUGUCUGGCGAGGUCGAAAGAUCAGCCGUCGGUCGACAACCUCGUCUAACAACUACCCACAAAUGACGUAUGCUUCAUCUACUCGGUUAGGUGCCCCCACUGGGUCCACGGCCAAUUAUCACGUGAUAAGUGCAGACACUAGACAAGUAGCUGAGAGAUGUGUCUAGGUGUAUAUUUUUGAGAGAAAAUGGUAAAAUCUUGCUUAAUGUAACAUAUCCCGCUAAGCCUGUAGGCCUAGAUGUAGCCUAAAAUAAGAAGUUAAAUCGACUUUUACUCAGUGACCAAGCUUGCUGCCUUCGCAAACCUGUGGAAUGGCGAGAAUAAGUGGCUUCGACUUGAAUUAACAUGAGUGGCUCCGGAAGCCACCCACUGGUGGAUAGCGAUGGCGGAUGCAUCAUCCUACGGACGCGCGCAUGUCUCUCUGCCGGCAGACUGACGAACGCAGCCUAUAUGUUUGCCUGAUGGCCUUAAAGGCACAUGUGAUAUUGCAAAUUGCCGAAGGGAAAAUAAAUUGAUAGAAUGUUAACGAUUUGUGAAGUCAUUGGUGAAAAUCCUGGGUCUUUGCCCGUCCCUUCAGGGCUAAGGUAGCCCUCAAUAGCUGGCUGCUCUAUCUAUAUCGAGUGCAGUGUACUUUAUGUAAUGUUGUAUACAUCCACAAUUUAAGCAGAAAUUUGGUGACCGUCAGCAGUUGCUGAAACGUCGUGUAAGCCGACAAAAGCACGGAGUUGGAAAGUGAAAAAACUGACAAUGAAACCUAAAAUAUUGUCCGCAAUACCGUGGUAGUGUUAGGUAUUAAAAUCGUACCCAGUUAUAUAACUGAUUAAAUACCAGUCGUACAUAACUCUUAGUCUUUAGCUGUUAUUUGGUAAUGUAGUUUGGAAACAGUCCUUCUCGUGAUAUGCGCGUUAGGCACCACCCCAGUCUCCAAUUUCUGGUCAGCGCGCGGUCUCCAUAGACCUGCGCGUCGCCAAGUUUGCUUAGUACGAUGCCAAAAAGCUGCCAAACUUGCUUGAUUGAAUGGAAUCCUACUACUGCGUAACGUUAAGGUGUUUUAGAUUGGUUGCGGUUGAGUGGUGGACUGAGUCGUCGUCCUUGACGAAUCUCUUCCUGAUGCUGCUACGUAGGCAGGUGUUUGUGUCUACGGUGACUGACCAGUCCUAUGCGCGAAGCGCAGAUCCUGGCGAAGUCCGGGCAGACGUUGAUUUUGCGACCCUGAUAAUGGUGAAGGAGGCCGACGACGGACAGCAGCAUGUCGCACUUCACGCCGUUCCUCCAGGUGCAUGGGCUACUCUGUUGUUCUCAAAGUGAAGGAGUCCCUCUAGGGCCCAUACAUUUAGCCAGGCACUCUUUUUCAUAUGACGUCAUUUCUGUAUUAUACAUCUACAUCUGGGAACCAGACAAACGAGGUAAUCUAAUGUCCUGUGUACAUCUACAAGUUGGAAACGCUUUAAAACAGCAACUAGUGGAGGCCCAGUCUAUUUCAGUGUUGGUAACGGUGGUAUGGUGGUAUGUACAAGCACAUAUGCAUGAUAUAGGAAAAAAGUUUUUUUUCGGGGGGGGGGGAAGCCGCGUCGUUACACCACUUUUGGAGCCAGCCCUGACCAGAAACCGGAGACCUUUUUUGCCUUAGCAGUUUUAAGUGUUUCGGAGUCGGUACGGUACUCCCUCACAACAUCUCAAAGUAUCAAAUUUCACUCCGUCGGGUCAGUUCAGCAAAUUGGAUAAUCAGUGAUGGAGGUUUUUUGAAGACGCCGUGUAAGUCAGCUCUGACGUCUCAGGCGAACUGAAAAGAAGAUGGCAUUUUGUUCGGGAACAAAUUAUCAAUGAAGUAUUUUGAUUUUUCAGGAAAUCACGCUAUUUCCGGGAAGCGCCGCCAACGUAGGGCUUGAUAGCUCAGUUAUUAGAACACUAGCUGGUACCGUGUUCCGGAGGUUGCUGAUUCAAAUCCCGCUCCAAUCACUUGAAUACCUAAUUGAAAGAAGGGCCCUUGUUUGAGUUGAAAAGAAAAAAAAAUGAAUAUUUUUGAAGGAAUUGCAAACGAAAUCAUGUAACUCUCUUAGGUCAAAAUGGUGGAGUUUGGUCUUUCUUUUAAUGAAGUAUUCAAUUUCUUGUACAUCUUUAUAAUUAAUAUGUAAACACUAUAGUCAGUUUUCCCAUAUAAUUUAUUUGAUGAUAUUUGUUUGGUACAUUCUAAGAAAUUAUAUUUUGAGGUCUCGCUCAGCAAAAACUGAAGUAAUGAAAUAAAAGUGUGUUAAUUCAACAUACAUAUAUACUUAACACAGUGUGAAACGAAAACAACCCCGAAGAGACCAGACUGAUUGUAAAACCUGUUAGAGACAGGUUUGAUGGACGUUAAUGACAGGGCUUAGGCAGAUGUUAAACGCCAGUCACGUGAAGCCAAUCCAAUUGUUUUUAGUGCUGUCCCGAUUUAGUAGAUCCAGCCACUUUUUAAACCAAACUGCUAUCACAAAAAUAUUGACCGGGGUGGCAUUGUAAAACUAACCCCCGAGGUGAUCCAUUCGCCUCAGGAAAAUAGAAUGCUUCAUGGAUCACUGAGGCUUUACCAUACCAAGAGAUAAAGCAGUCAAUAAUUGUUUUAUAACUAAAUAAUAAAAAGUUGCAACUCAAGUCACGAGUUACAAAAAUAGCGACCCGAAUCCGACUUGAGUCCAAGUCAGCUGACUCGGGUCUACAAAUCUGAUUGUUCUUUUCAGAGCAAGGCUGCACGUGUAUAGUAUUUUUGGAGUGGAGGUACAAAAGUAGCAAGUAUCACACUUUCGGCCAAUCAAGAUACAGAAUCUGUGAGUGAGGUGUUAUAAAAGUAACUAGUCUACCGGCAAAUUGUAUAUACAACUUGACUUGCAUUGUUCAAUUCUUAAAACUAAUUAUAUGUAUAUUCAGUUACUUAAACUGAAAUAUUUAUCGGAGAUGUAAGUAUUGAAGCAUAUAUUGUUGUAAUGCACCUGUACAAAGAAAUAUCACCGGAUAUAGUCGUCACUCAAUAAAGAUUUUAUAAUAUGUAAGUUAGAGCUUAUAGUAUCGUCAAGGGGGAGAACAAAGGACGUGGGAAAUGAGAUAUGAGAUACGAAAGGGAGGCAGUAAAAGGUGUGAAUUAAUGGAUACUUAAAAUAAACGAAGCCUGUAAGUGCA